AUCCCGGAAGCAAAACAACAAACAAAAACGUUGUCACGUGACAACGUCAACAACAGAACAGGAAGUCGCUCCAAAAAGAGGCCAAGUCUUAGCAGUUUUAGGCAGGAUGUCUGUGACCAUGAAGAGGACAGAUGGGGUCACCGUGUUUACAGUGACCUCUGACCCCAGCAGUGUCUGGCUUCCUCUAUUCCAAAUCCUCAAGAGUCUUUGCUUCAGCCCCGUUUGCUGCUCCGUGUCCCAGCACCUGAGGACACUCCUGGGGACGUCUCAGUCCUUACUGGGGGCCCUGCAGAUCAUGGUGGGCUUGCUCAACAUGGGCCUGGGAGGCAUCCUCAUGUGUCACGGUUCUGCCUCCUGGUGGCCCGUGGAUGCCAACUUCUUUUCCGUGUGGAUGGGAGCCGUGUUUGUGUUCUUCGGCAUCUUGUGCAUUUUGUCGGAGAAGUACCCGAGUCCGUGUCUGGUCAUCAUCAAUGUCAUUUUCAACAUCUCGGGUGUGGGCUUUGCCAUGGUUGCCAUGGUGAUGUGCGCCCUCAACAUCGCCACCAUACACCAAAGCCUGUGGGAUGCCUGUGAGCCGGCGGACGGUGACUUCUGGGACUUUGACAGUCUGACAAGCAUGCCCCCCCAUAAAGAAGGAUUCAUCACGCGAUGCUUGGAGAAGAAAAAGCUGAUUAUCAUGCUCCUGAGGGGCAUCAAUGGUGUCCUGCUGGUCUUGUGCCUUGUCCAGCUCGCCCUCGUCUUGUGCUCUUCCGCAUUGUCCAUCCAGGCUCUGAGGAGCAGCAGCAAGAGCACUGAGAAGAGCCUGGGAGAUGUGGAAGGUUACCAAGGUCUUGAGGAAGAGGUCGUCUCUGCCAAGCCUGGAUCCUAAACUUCCUCUUUCAGUACACAAUGUCAAGCUGGACUUUUCUAUCUGUUGAUGGACUUGAACAUUCUUUCUUCUUCUGCACUUCUUCAGACAUGCUGCUUGCUCUGAUUGUAUCAGUCCAGAGUACUUUGGGCUCACAACUCUUGUCAGCCGCACUUACUCCAACUUACACAACAUAUACUUUGAUGUUGACAUGUCGUCGUGCUUCAGGAUUUUUGGAAAGACAAGAACAAUUCUACAGCUUUCGCCGCAGUAUUUGUCCUAUUUUGCACACUUGAAUGAGUAAAAUGCAUCUAGUGACAUCGCCGUCAAAGAAGUGUCACCGUCUGUGACCUGACCAGGUGCUCAAAGGGACUUUUUCCAAGCAAGAAAUAGAAAAACAACACCACUGCUUCACAACCAGUUGCACCACCUGGCUGCGUAGAGCCCACAACAGUUGCUACCUCUUUUAUUGGCGGGGAGCAAAGAACGGGCGACAAAAAAACCAUGGUGGUAAAAAUGAUUUUUUUCACAGCAGGAAAAUGUAGUUGAGGUGCGUGGGUCAAGCCACCGGCCUGGUCACACCUGAGGAAGGCACGGUAACAAGGUAGGAGCCUGGUCACACCUGAAGAAGGCAAGGUAACAAGGUCGGAGCCUGGUCACACCUGAGGAAGGCAAGGUAACAAGGUCGGAGCCUGGUCACACCUGAGGAAGGCACGGUAACAAGGUAGGUAGCUCGUCAACACAAUCAGCAUUCAUUUAUGUUACAGCCUUAAAAUGGAAUACAUUAAUUUUUUUCUUCUCCAAAUCCUACCCAAAAUACCCCAAGAUGACAAUGUAAAACCUUUUACUUUUUUUAAUUUGCAAAUGUAUUAAAAAUAACAAACAAACUCUG